AUGGAUCUUCCAGUUGUGGUUGAUUCGAACUUGAAGCGAUUUCCCGGCAUAUCCCUAAGCAAGCGAAGUCGGGCUGUCGUGAGGGCUCUUAACCCAAUAAUGCUGACCUAUUUGGAAGCCAGCAGGGACCUUUGCGAAACGGACUCAAUUCUCUUUGGCGCCGCAGUGGCAGUUUGCCGUAUUAUUGGCGCGAAACUUCCCAUGGCUGGACGCGCUACUACACAAGGUAGCGCCAUCACAGCCUGGAGAAAAAGAAUAGAGGACCGUAUCGCAAAGGCAAGGGCCCUUAUCGGCAAACUGAUAAGCUUCAGGUCGGGUAAUAAUAGACCGAGGAUUGUGCGCACCGUUAGGAUGGCGUCUGCUGGGACAAAUAUCAGUUUGUCCCAAACAGAUAUCACGCAGAAACUAACGGAGCGCAUAGACGACCUGAAGCAAAAGAUCGCUGCUUGGGGGAAGCGGAUUCGACGAUUAAACGAGAGGUCAAGACGGUUCAACAAGAAUCGUCUCUUCCAGAGUGAUCAGAAGAGGCUCUAUAAAUCAUUGGAGCGACCAAAGUUAUGUGGAGCGGGCCAAGGCCCGGAUCAGGCUGACAUUAUCGCAUUCUGGCGUGGCCUGUGGUCAGAGCCCGUAAACCACAGCCCUUGGAUGGAAGUUUGGCGAGCCAGGGUGCGAGUGUUACGCCUAUGGACCCCAUCACCAUAA